AUGUCGACAAACUUCUCGAGGCUAUUGUUGCAGUUAUUAGCUGCUGGCGUAGUUGUUUUCUACGUUUACAUCUUUUGGACAUUCAACAGAGAGAAUUCAGUGACAAAAAAUUUCGAGGAUUUGAAAUGGGAAGUUGAACAACUCGAAAAACAUCUGAAAGAUAGUGAAUCUAAUGUUGAGAAAAUCAGACAGGAAUUAUCCGCUCAGCAAGCUAUCUACAGAAGGUUGAUAUCAAAAGAUGAUAGCAUUCGAGUUCAACCUCGUCAUCGAGGUGAACGACUUCGACCAGGU